CCAUUAGCAGAAACUCCAGGAACACAGCAGGAGAAGAAUUUUCAAACGCUUGUGAAGCAAGAACAAUAUUUUAACUAAAGUGGCUUGUUAAAUCUUGUUUUGUCUAACGUUCGUAGCAGUGGGACUACGCAAGGUAAUAUUGGCUCUUUCUGUUAUCAUGCUGCUCUUUGAGGCAGGAGUGUCCUCAUCCUCCUCUUCCUCAGGCUUGGAGAAUCAGAUCUUCCAAUAUAUUGAUCUUCAUCAAAAUGAAUUUAUUCAGACCCUUAAGGAAUGGGUAGCCGUGGAGAGUGAUUCUAUUCAACCACGGCUAAGACAAGAAGUAACACGAAUGGUGGAAUUAGCAGCAGACAGGCUUCGAGCUUUGGGAGCCACUGUUGGGUUAGUGAAGUUGGGCUCCCACAAGCUACCUGAUGGCCAGAGCCUUCUGUUGCCUCCUCUAAUUCUAGCAGAACUUGGGAAAGAUCCACAAAAACCCACUGUAUGUUUCUAUGGACAUGUGGAUGUACAACCUGCCAAAAAAGAAGAUGGAUGGAAAACUGACCCCUACACACUGACUGAAACUGAUGGAAAUCUUUAUGGGCGUGGAGCAACAGAUAACAAAGGACCUGUCUUGGCCUGGAUAAAUGCAGUGGAUGUAUUCAGAGCACUAAAAGUAGACAUGCCAGUAAACCUCAAGUUCAUUAUUGAAGGUAUGGAAGAAGCAGGAUCUCUUGGACUAGAGGAAUUAAUUAAGAAAGAAAAUCAGCUUUUUUUCUCUGAUGUUGACUAUAUUGUGAUUUCGGAUAACCUUUGGCUUAGCAACAGGAAACCAGCCCUCACCUAUGGGACUCGGGGGAAUCUCUGCUUCUCCGUGGAGGUACAGUGUGGGGAGAGAGAUCUUCAUUCAGGAAGUUUUGGAGGCAUCAUUCAUGAACCAAUGACCGAUCUAAUAGCUCUGCUUGAUAGCCUUGUGGAUACAUCAGGUCGUAUUUUGAUCCCUGGAGUCUAUGAUGAUGUUGCUUCCCUUAUGGAGGAGGAGAAGAAGUUGUAUGAAGCAAUUGAAUUUGAUCUAGAGGAACAUAAAAAUAAUAGUGGUGUGAAAAAAUUCCUAUAUGACACUAAGGAGGAAGUACUUAUGCACCUGUGGCGUUACCCCUCUCUCUCUAUUCAUGGGAUUGAAGGAGCUUUUCACGAACCAGGAAUAAAAACAGUUAUACCCGCAAGAGUAAUAGGAAAAUUUUCAAUCCGGCAAGUCCCUCACAUGGACAUUUCAAUCGGAGAACGUCAGGUGAUACAAUAUUUAGAGGAUGUAUUCUCUAAGAGAAACAGCCCAAACAAACUGAAGGUGUCUGUGCCAAUAAGUGCAAUGCCAUGGGUUGCUGACAUAAAUUCUCCUCUUUAUACAGCAGCAAGAAGGGCAAUCAAAACAGUUUUUGGACAAGAUCCAGAAAUGAUCCGGGAUGGCUCAACAAUUCCUAUUGCCCAAACGUUCCAGAAUAUAACAAGGAAGAGUGUGAUGAUGCUUCCAAUUGGAGCAGCUGAUGAUGGGGAACAUUCCCAAAACGAGAAAAUAAGCAGGCACAAUUACAUUCAAGGAACAAAACUGUUUGCAACCUUUUUCUUGGAGAUUGCAAAGCUGCAUGGACAGUUAUAGGAAGCGUCCAACACGACGACUACAAACUGAUGGAUCCUGGCAAGACAAUAAGCUAUACACCUGUGUAUUGGCUUAAGUAUUCUAACCUCCUUCUUUACUACUCUGGAGAAACAUGUACAAACAAUAAAAUAUUUAGAAGUUGUCAUAAAUAUAAAGGGAAGGGUAACCACCUUUAAAAUCCCUCCUGGCAAGAGGAAAAAUCCUUUCACCUAUAAAGGGUUAAGAAGCUAGGAUAACCUCGCUGGCACCUGACCAAAAUGACCAAUGAGGAGACAAGAUACUGUCAAAAGCUGGGAGGAGGGAGAAAAACGAAGGGUCUGUGUCUGUCUGUGUGAUGCUUUUGGUGGGGACAGAACAGGAAUGGAGUCUUAGAAUUUAGUAAGUAAUCUAGCUAGAUAUGCGUUAGAUUAUGAUUUCUUUAAAUGACUGAGAAAUUAAGCUGUGCUGAAUAGAAUGGAUAUUCCUGACUGUGUGUCUUUUUGUAACUUAAGGUUUUGCCUAGAGGGAUUCUCUAUGUUUUGAAUCUAGUUACCCUGUAAGGUAUUUACAAUCCUGAUUUUACAGAGGUGAUUCUUUUUUACUUUUUACUUCUAUUAAAAUCCUUCUUUUCAGAAACUGAAUGCUUUUUCAUUGUUCUAAGAUCCAAGGAUUUGGGUCUGUGGUCACCUAUGCAAAUUAGUGAGGAUUUUUACCAAACCUUCCCCAGGAAGUGGGGUGCAAGGGUUGGGAGGAUUUUGGGGGGAAAGAUGUUUCCAAACAACGCUUUCCUAAUAAAAAUAAACCCAGAUAAACAUUUGGUGGUGGCAGUGGAAGUCCAAGGGCAAAGGGUAAAAUAGUUUGUACCUUGGGGAAGUUUUAACCUAAGCUGGUAAAAGUAACCUUAGGAGGUUUUCAUGCAGGUCCCCACAUCUGUACCCUAGAGUUCAGAGUGGGGAAGGAACCUUGACAGAAGUGCACCGCAUGUCUGAAACUGUUGAAAAAUUAAAUGCCUGCUACGGCUUGCAACAUGCACUAACUAGCAUAUAGACAGUGUUUAACCAAAUCAAGUGAUUCCUUGCGCAAUACAAUUGGAUCAAAGGUGCCUCAUGCUCAUUGAAUGGAAUGUUUCAGUUUGUAACUUUAGCCUAGGGGGCGUGUUUGGAGCAGGAAACACAGUUUAUGUUAUUAAAGUUUACUUAUUUCCAGACAUGAGCCAGGUCAGCCGAUAGUUGGGGGGUACAGUGAGGGCAGCUGGCUUCAGCAGUGUUACUGAGCAUGCUCAGUGCAUUUGAGCAUGCUCAGUACAAGCCAAGCAGCAAAUCUGGGGUGGGGGAGCAUGUGACCCUGCAUGCCCUCCCGCCCCGUAUUACUGCUGCUUAUUUGCAGUUUGGCAAAGAUCGUAUUGCUUUGUUCACAUUCCAGUUCCUGAACAUAAGCUCCUUCGCAGUACCCCUUCUUUCCUUUUGGCUAUGUAUGAACUUCUGUCAGAUGAUUUGCUGAAAAAUAUUUCACCAUAUUAACCUCUUGCCUGGUUACUUUUCCUAUGCAAAAAACUGGAAAUAAGAUGAAUAUGCCAUCAGGAUCGGUUUGUCAAACUCAGUGCAAAGAAUAGCCCAGUCCCGAAAUCUCUCAUUCUCAUGAGCAGUCCCUCUGAAGUCAAUGGAGCUUCUCAGGUGAAAAGAGAUUUGCCGGUUUGGAUCCUGCCUAGUUCUUUGUUUAAUCCUAUUCUCUUCCCAUUUUGCUGUUUGUCAUUAAAGAUUGCUGUGUAUUAUUCUCCUCCUUAAUGUGACUUUAUUUUUAUACACCAAGCAUGAAGUCACUCAUAAAUAUCUUUUCAGACGGAUAGUGUAUCACCUGAAUAGGUGUUUUACUCCCAAAUCAGCUGGUUCUAAAUUGUCAUCACUUUUAAAGUAUCAAUUUUAGGUUAAGAACAAAUUAAAAACUAAGACAAGUGAUGUGUGUUGAAACUACAUUUACAUAUAUGAGAGAGUUACUUUUGUUAGAUUUUUUUUGUUGUUGUUAAACCUCUGGAAAAACUUACAUGAGAAAGACAGACAAGAUUGUGUGUCUAGUUCAAAUCUGUAUCUGUGUCAAAUCAAAAUGGGAAUGAUUUUGGCCACAUAGUUAGUUUACACAGAAACAGAAUGAUCAAUCCGGUUUGAAACAACUGAAAUAGAGAAAAGAACUUUAUUUUGUGCAACGAUGUUAUUCUUGGCGAUAUUGUCCCUAUUGUCAAAAAGAUUAAAUAAUUAAUAAAUAAUGGCAACUGACCUCUCUUCUUUUUUUACCCUACAUAAUAAUGAGAACAAGGAAAGGGCAGAAAGUUUGGAAUCAAUAAAUGGAAAUGCUUUGUAAUAGUUAACCUGUGGAAUCAGCUGCUGCAAGAGGACAUCAGGAUAAAUGCUACAGCAGAAUUUUUAAAAAGUUGAACUAAUUUCUCGUUUGUAGUUAUGCAAGAGACUCCUCUCUGCUUCUGGGAACACUUUGUGCAAGUUCUCCAUCUGCAAUGCAGAACUGUUACCACCUCCAAAAAUAUUCUGAUGGAAAAUGCCCAAUAAGAUCUAGUAAAUAGUGUUACUGGGGCACUAUAGAGCACUGUUACACAUAGAGGUGCACGUUUUGGGUUUUUUUAAGCCUGUCAGCAGUGUAUCUGCCAGGUCAAUACUGGUAAAAGAAGGCCUCUCUGGGGUUACAUGAGCUGUAUAAAUAUUUUCCACUUUUACGACUAGCAAGAAGGGCAGUGCAGUGACUUUCUCCAGACUUGGCCCCCUAUUGCUUCCUGCUCUUCCUGUCUA